AUGAAUAAACAUAGUUUUUAAUUAGGGGUCAACUUAAUCUUACUUUAUGAUCUUAAGUAGGAGAAGAAGAGAACUAUGCAUCAUAUUGAACAAAAAAACAGUAUUGCAAAUGAUCCUUGUUUCUUUAGAGCUGUCCUUCCUAAUUUGUAAGCAACUGCAGAAUAUAAGUUGGGAUUUGCCUUUCGAAAGAUGACAGAAACAUGUCCUACAAUAAGCUUUUUAACCUUUUUGUUAAGCUCAACUUCCUAGAAUAUAUCUCAAUCAAUCAAAAAAAUUUGGGAGAAGAAAAUCAUUUCAACGAUCUUUAAAGGUCACAGUCAAAAUCGGCGCUUUUGCACAAUUAACUAGUAAUUCUGA